AUGUCAGGAAAUACUACUUUCCUUACAAAUCCAGAUGACCCAAGCGAUCCAGUAAAGAAAUUCACUUUUGAUCACAGUUAUUGGUCACAUGAUGGAUACAAAGAACUUCCAAACGGCUACUGUACUCAAGAUAAUACUCAACCAAACGGCUCCAAGUUUUGCGAUCAGGAGCGUGUGUAUCGUGAUCUGGGUAGAGGAGUGCUUCGCAAUGCUUGGGAUGGAUAUAACUCGGCUCUUUUUGCUUACGGACAAACUGGAUCCGGAAAGUCUUGGUCAGUCAUUGGUUAUGGUCCCAACAAAGGUAUUGUACCGAAAUUCUGCGAGGAAAUGUUUAGAGGAAUCGAUGAUAAAAAAAGGGGAGGAGAUCAAACAGAAUUUGAGGUGAGGUUCAGUAUGCUGGAAAUUUACAACGAAAUCGUACGAGAUUUAUUGAAUCCUGGAGGCGAUAGAAAAAGAGGACUAAAAAUACGUGAACACCCAAAGAAAGGGUUUUAUGCUGAAGGACUAAAGCUUUCAAUGGUAACAAGUUACAAAGAAAUUGAGAGGAAGCUCAACGAAGGAACAACCAAUAGGAGUAUAGCUUCAACGAACAUGAAUGCUACAAGCAGUCGUGCCCAUACAAUUGUUGGGAUUCAUCUUGUGCAAAAAUCAAAGAAGGGAAGUGGCCAAGAAGCUGUCAAAAGCUCCAUAGUUCAUCUUGUUGAUCUUGCAGGAAGCGAAAGAGCAUCCAACACGGGAGCUACUGGAGACAGACUUAAAGAAGGGGCAGCAAUAAAUCAAUCUUUAUCGUGCCUUGGCAACUGUAUACAUGCUUUGGCUGAACGAGCAAUGGGAAGAAGCACAAGAGUUCCAUUUCGGGAUUCAGUUUUAACUCGAUUGCUGAUGAAUGCUCUUGGAGGAAAUAGCAGAACAAUCAUGAUUGCUGCAAUAAGUCCGGCUGACAUAAACUAUGAAGAAACUUUAUCAACGCUGCGAUAUGCUGAUCGUGCGAAACAAAUCAAGACAGUUGCUAUUGUAAAUGAGGAUCCUUCAGAAAAACUUAUUCGAGAACUUCGUCAAGAAAAUGAAAGGCUGAGAAAAAUGCUUGAGAAAGGGGCUAUGGAUCUUCCUAUACAACCGGGAAUGACGGAAGAAGAUGUGAUUAGGCUGAGAAAGAAAUGGGAAGAAGAGAUGCAUGCAGCUAUGGCUGAAAACGAUAGAGAUCUUCAAUCAAUCAAGCAGUCCUACGACGAUAAACUAAAAGUAGCAAGACAGCAAAAAGGAUUUGAGUGGGACAUAACACGAAUCGAAAAAGAAAAGAAAGUGAGACCACACUUCACCAAUCUGAACUUCGAUCCCAUGUUGUCAGGAAAAAUUGUUCAUUUGCUCAAAGCUGGAGAAAACAUCGUGGGAAAGACGGAUCAAGCUGAUAUUCAACUUCUAGGCCCCAGCAUUCAAGAAAGACACGCUGUUGUUAAUCUGUUGGAACACGGUGGCGUUACAUUAGAAAAAAGUCAUGGAGAAUGUCGUAUUCUAUUAAAUGGAGAACCAUUAACAGCAAGAGCUCUUUUAUCACAUUGUGAUAGGAUAAUGUUUGGAACUACGCAAUUGUACGUGUUUAUACACCCUGAUCAAAUGAAAAAAACCGGAAAGAAAUAUCCAGACGUAACUUACGAAAUGGCUCAGGAGGAAAUUGCACAGAAAGCAGGAAUUGCUGUCGAUGAUGAAGAUCAAUCUUUAGAAACUGCACUGUUGAAUAAGGAUUUGUUGGAAGUUUUGCCCGGAGUUGAAGAAGCUAAUGCAAUUAGUGAAGAACUGGAUAAAAAAGUGAAAUUUGAAAUAAUGUUGCUAUCUCCUCAAUGGCUGGGAAAAUCAUCAGGCAGAACAGAGGUUUUUGUCAAAAUGAGAAACUUGGAAACCGGCGUCGAGUUCGAGUGGCCAAAGGAUAAGUUUCUGAACAGGAUGUAUGUAAUGAAAGAAAUGUAUCAGAAUUACGAAGCUGGAGACGAAUGGGAAUUGGACGAGGAUCGAGAUCCUUUUAUAGAAGAUAUUGGUUCCGAAGUUCGGAUUGGAAGCUGCCAAGUUUUCCUACAGCCCCUAGCCUACAUGGUGGAACUGAAGGAGCAACUUGAAAUCGUAGAUUAUAAAGGAACAGAAGUUGGUAUAAUGAAUAUAGAAGUCGUUCCUUGUACCCAGCAAGGAAAAGAAUACACAGAACAUGAUGACAUGUUUGUGGACAAUCCAAAUGAACUCAUUGGUAAAGAUCUUCACUUCAUGGUCAAACUUUUAGGUUGCAGAGGUCUACCAUCAAGGUUUAACGACAUUACUUGUAGAUACAAAGUGUAUUUAGAAACAGAAGAAAAUUCAACAGAAGUGAUAUCAGACACAUCAAAUCCAGAUUUCAAUCACAGAAGGAUAUUUUCUUUUAAUCGAGUCACGCAAUCAUUGGUGGAGUAUUUAAAGGAAGGUUACAUUAUGGUUCAAGUAUGGGGAAAACAAACAACUCGAAAAUCUGCGGUAACAAGAGCUCACGGCAAAAACACAAAAGAAAUGUUUCAAGCAGAUCUGUUGAACAAUGCAAACAAUUUAAUGAAAGGAUUCCGAAUGAACGGAAGGGUAGUAGAUCCAAAUAAGCAAAGUAUAAUAGUAGAGCUUCUAUUAAUGAAAAAACAGCAACAUCGGCAGCAGCAGAGACUGGAAAAUAUCCGAAGGAUGAUUGAUGUGGCCGAAACUCAUAAAAAGAAACGAGUCCCCGUGAGUCUAGUAAAAGAUUUGUAUUCCACCACUUCUGCUGACGUCGUUGAAGAGUUGCUUCAAAAAGUGCCUACAGUUGAUGAUGCUGAUGCAGAAUCAUCUAUAUGCGCCAUCGUAUAACAAUAAGUUUUAUUAGAGACAUCAUAACAUUCCGUAAAACAAACGGUACCGUAAACGGUGAAACUAUGCUUAUCAUUACUGAUAAGAUCAAACUAUACUUUGGUGAUGUCAGCGAAACAUAUUUAAAUGCAUUCAUAACUUUGUUAAAUGACUGCAGAGCAUUUCCGAACAUGAAGCUUCCAUGUGAUCCAGAAAGGCAAAAUAUACGAUUCCUUUAUA